AUGUAUUUUUUUCCACGUUUUCGUCUUUUUGUCGUUAUUUAUCUGUCUGUCUUUCUAUCUAUCUAUCUAUCUCAGUUUAUUCAUAUCUCUCCGUAUAUAUAUCUAUUAAUCUGUCUAUCACAGUCUAUUUAUAUCUAUCUAUCUAUCUAUCUAUCUAUCUAUCUAUCUAUCUCACUCUUCUGUUCAUCUAUCUAUCUAUCUACUACAGUUUCAUCUUUUCUUUUUCUUUCUUUCUUUCUUUCUUUUUUUGUAUCUACUUAUCUAUCUAUCUAUCGCAAUAUAUUCAUCUAUCUAUCCAUUUAUCUAUUUAUAUUUAUUGCUAUUUCUCUGUUCUGUUCGGAUCUAUCUAUCUACCUAUCUAUCUAUUCCAGCCUCUUCAUAUGUAUCUCAGCUGAUCUAUCUAUCUAUCUAUCUAUCUAUCUAUCUAUCUAUCUAUCUAUGUCAGUCUCUCCUGUCUAUCUGUGCAAGUCUCUUCAUAUCUAUCUAUCUAUCUAUCUAUCUAUCUAUCUAUCUAUCUAUCUAUCUAUCUUCAUCAUAUAUAUAUAUAUAUAUAUAUAUAUAUAUAUUUAA